AUGCAUAUUUGUUUGUUACCAUUUUCUGAUUUAUGGAGCUUUAAUGAUUUUACACAUUGCAAAUAUGGAGUCACAGCUGACACACUAUCGAAAUCAAAUUUUCUCGGUAAUUACACCAGAAGCAACAUAUCAAUAGUGUAUAAAGAUGUCUGGCCUGUAAAUGUACAUCCAUCAAAACAGAAAUAUUAUCAAAUAUUGAAAAGAAUUCAUAAUACUACUUAUUAUAUUACUAAUUCAAGUAAUCAAAAUGAUGAUCUAAGUAUUCAUUAUCAAGUAUUAUGUAAUAAUAAUUUCUAUGGUAAUUAUUGUGAAAUAUUUUGUCAAGAACAAAAUGGUAUUCAUGGAUAUUAUAAAUGUGAUGAACAAACAGGUAAUCAUAUAUGUCAACAUGGUUGGAGUGGUAAGACAUGUACCGAAGCUAUAUGUGACUUUGGAUGUCUACAUGGAAGAUGUAUAAAACCGGGUUAUUGCCAUUGUGAUAGCGGUUGGUAUGGAAAGGAUUGUAGUCAAUGUCGUGUUUAUCCUGGAUGCCUUCAUGGUGGUUGUGAAGUUGACAAACGUAAUUAUACGCUUAUUCCUUUCACAUGUGAAUGUGAUCAUGGCUGGGGAGGCAUGUUAUGCGACAAAGACCUACGUUAUUGUAGUAGUCACUUGAAUAUAUGCAAUAACAAUGGAAUAUGUGUAAAUAAUGAUGCAAAUAUUGGUGUACCUUAUCAAUGUAUUUGCCCACCUGGAUUUCAUGGUGAUCAUUGUGAAAUAAUUGAUUAUGACUGUCGAGUUCAUGGAUGUAAUGAAAAUGGAGAAUGUAUUGUGCAUGAAAUGGGAUCGACAACCUGUUACUGUCACCCCGGUUAUCAUGGAAAUCUUUGUCAGUUCAACCAAACAACCUGCGACGAAUUUCCAUGUCAGGCAACAGGGUCAAUAUGUAAAGAACGAGAAAUGAGUGAUGUACGAUUUCCUUCAAAUGACCAACAGUUUGUAUGUAUCUGUCCUCCAGGAUUUGAAGGUUCCAACUGUGAAAUUAACAUCAAUGAAUGUUUUGAAAAGCCUUGCAAAAAUGGUGGACUUUGUAAAGAUGUUGUGAACGGUUAUCAGUGCGUAUGUCCGUCUGGUUAUAAUGGAGAUAACUGUGAAACUCAAGAAUACAGCUGCUUUACAAAUAAAUGCCCUUAUGGUUAUAAAUGUUUUACAAACAGUACAACAUCGUUAUGUGUUUCCUCAAUUCCUCAUAAGUUAACAGCGUUACAUUCCUCAAACAAUCAAACAAAAUCUGGAAUAUCGUUUAAAGAUAUACAGCCAACUUACUUAAAAUUUACACAGUUCUCCCAUGGUCCCUCAAUUGUGAUAUUUACUCUAUUAACUCUCUUCAUUGUAAUUAUAUCACUUCUUUUAUUGAAAUAUGUUUUAAGGUUAAAUGCAUUCAGACAAAUCGCUUACUAUAAUCAUGAGUCUGAUGUUGAACUAAAUUAUGUUCGAAAUUCAAUGAACACAAGAAGCGAUUUUGUAUUUAAUCAAUUCAAAGAACUGAAAAACAGCUGCUAUUUGAAUAGUAACUUGUACAUUGAUCAUGUAAAUAAAUUGGCAGACAUCGAGAAGUGA